AUGCGUCUUCACCGUGGUCUUUCCGGUUCCUUCUAUGUCAUCUCCACUCACUCAUACCUCAAGCUGCUCUGGGUCCUAAAAGUUUACUAUGCAAAGAAGAAGCGAAGACACCAACAAGGCCAGGGAGACGAUUCCAGUCACAAGAAGGAGCGGAAGGUUUACAACGAUGGUUAUGAUGAUGACAACUAUGAUUAUAUUGUAAAAAACGGAGAAAAAUGGAUGGAUCGUUAUGAAAUUGACUCCUUGAUAGGCAAAGGUUCAUUUGGACAGGUCGUAAAAGCCUAUGAUCGAGUGGAACAAGAAUGGGUUGCCAUUAAAAUCAUCAAGAACAAGAAAGCGUUUCUGAAUCAAGCCCAGAUCGAAGUGCGGCUGCUUGAGCUCAUGAACAAACAUGACACUGAAAUGAAGUACUACAUAGUGCAUUUGAAACGCCACUUUAUGUUUCGGAACCAUCUUUGUUUAGUUUUUGAAAUGCUGUCCUAUAAUCUCUAUGAUUUGCUGAGGAACACCAACUUCCGAGGGGUCUCUUUGAACCUAACACGAAAGUUUGCACAGCAGAUGUGCACAGCACUGCUUUUCCUUGCGACUCCAGAACUUAGUAUCAUUCACUGUGACCUAAAGCCUGAGAACAUCCUCCUGUGUAACCCCAAAAGAAGUGCAAUCAAGAUCGUUGAUUUUGGCAGUUCUUGUCAGUUGGGGCAGAGGAUAUACCAGUAUAUUCAGAGUCGCUUUUACCGGUCUCCAGAGGUGCUACUGGGAAUGCCUUAUGACCUUGCUAUCGACAUGUGGUCCCUUGGAUGUAUCUUGGUUGAAAUGCAUACUGGAGAGCCUCUGUUCAGUGGUGCCAAUGAGGUGGAUCAGAUGAAUAAAAUAGUGGAAGUCUUGGGCAUCCCGCCUGCUCACAUCCUUGACCAAGCACCCAAAGCAAGGAAGUUCUUUGAGAAGUUGCCCGAUGGCACCUGGAACUUAAAGAAGACCAAAGAUGGAAAACGGGAGUACAAACCACCAGGAACCCGGAAACUUCAUAAUAUUCUUGGAGUAGAGACAGGAGGGCCUGGCGGACGGCGAGCUGGGGAAUCGGGUCAUACAGUAGCUGACUACUUGAAGUUCAAAGACCUCAUUUUAAGGAUGCUUGAUUAUGACCCCAAAACUCGGAUUCAACCGUAUUAUGCCCUGCAGCACAGUUUUUUCAAGAAGACAGCUGACGAAGGUACAAACACAAGUAACAGUGUGUCCACCAGCCCUGCCAUGGAGCAGUCCCAGUCUUCAGGCACCACCUCCAGCACGUCGUCCAGCUCAGGGCGUCAGCAGUUCCCGGCUCCCCUGGGCUGGUCAGGCACUGAAGCUCCUACACAAGUCACUGUUGAAACUCGUCCUGUUCAAGAAACCACCUUUCAUGUAGCCCCUCAGCAGAAUGCACUGCACCAUCACCAUGGAAACAGUUCCCAUCACCACCACCACCACCAUCACCACCACCACCACCAUGGACAGCAAGCCUUGGGUAACCGGACCAGGCCAAGGGUCUACAAUUCUCCAACAAAUAGCUCCUCUACCCAGGAUUCUAUGGAGGUUGGCCACAGUCACCACUCCAUGACAUCCCUGUCUUCCUCAACGACUUCUUCCUCGACAUCUUCCUCCUCUACUGGUAAUCAAGGCAAUCAGGCCUAUCAGAACCGCCCAGUGGCUGCUAAUGCCUUGGACUUUGGACAGAAUGGAGCUAUGGACGUUAACUUGACCGUCUACUCCAAUCCCCGCCAAGAGACUGGCAUAGCUGGGCAUCCAGCAUACCAAUUCUCUGCCAACACAGGCCCUGCACAUUACAUGACUGAAGGACACCUGACCAUGAGGCAAGGGGCUGACAGAGAAGAGUCUCCCAUGACAGGAGUUUGUGUGCAACAGAGUCCUGUAGCUAGCUCGUGACUACAUUGAAACUUGAGUUUGUUUCUUGUGUGUUUUUAUAGAAGUGGUGUUUUUUUCCCAAAAACAAAGUGCAAAGCUGCUUGAAUCAGAAGGAGAUUAACACACUGAACCGCUACAAGAGGGCAGAGCUGACUUUUUUUAACUUGAAAAGAUUGCAAAGGGACAGUGAAGUUGUUAAGAGCCAUGUCCACCUGUCUUCACGGGAGCUCCGAGGUGCCCUCUUUGUGCCCCACCUUAACCUGCCGUCUCCCGCCACAGUGGGUUUGUCUUUCUACCCAGCAAAAGUUCAUGUUCAGAUGUUGGUCUUGGUCAUUUGCCAACUCAUUUUAAAAUAAAAAGGCACUGCACAUAAUUUGCAUAAAG